AUGUUUGCAUUAAGAAUUCUGGAGCAACACGUGGGUUGUGAGAGGUCACAGGUUUUGGCCGUGUGGUUGAGAGUGAAGAUGAUGUUCAUCACGAGAGCCUCAGUGCUGCUUCUGCUGGCUUUUCCAGCCGUCAUCUCUGAAGUUGUAACCUUCAGUAAGUGUAGCGAGUUUUUCUUUACCGGAAAGCCUCCUGAGAUUCCUGGCAUGAUCAAGAAUGUUCGAUACAAAACGAUCUGUCAAAAAUAUGAUGGCAGGUACAGAUUUGCAACACUCUACGACACAACAAACAGGAUUCCAGUUUUCUCAGCCUACAAAGUCACUGUGGAUAAAGAGAUUGACAGACCAGAAAAUAAAUGGAUGAACGAGCCUCAGCUUGAGCACCCCAGUGAUGAGAUGGGCAUGCCAUAUGAGAAUCAAGCCACAGAUGAAGACUUCUUUGAUAACAAUUUGAAUGUGAAUCGCGGUCACUUGUUUCCCAGCUGUCAUUCAGGUGAUGAAGUCAUCGCUGGUUCUACCUUCACAUAUACCAACAUUGUGCCACAGAAGAUCAGCUUCAAUAGCGGCAGCUGGAAUCGCAUGGAAAGAGAGACUAUAAAGGUGAUGAGUGAACACUGCCGCGACAAAAAGGACAAUAAAGUUUUGGCCCAUGUGUUGACAGGAGCUGUGCCUGGCAACAAUAAACUAAAUGAGAGAGUGAACAUUCCAUCAUUCAUGUGGAUGACAUUCUGCUGCUAUAAUUUCAAUAAUAACAAGAAGUCACUGUUCUCCAAAGCAUACUGGGCUCCAAACAAAGAUGAAAAAGACGACACUGUCACAAUCAAUGAAAUAACCCUGCAGGAAUUACAGAACAAUCUGAAUAAGAAGAUUAAAGUCAAAUAUCUAUUUGACAAGAACUGUAGUAACCGAAAUGUUUAAAUCCCUGAAAGUAAGAUUCAGAAGCAGAAGGAGAAAUAAAGCUUGAAACGACCGUUUGUUCUACUUGUAGGAUAAGAGAUUUCUGUCAAAACUUAUGCUCUCCUUGCAUCACCUUAUAGUCACCCAGCUUUCAACUUAAACAUUUACAAACGCUUCUUCGCACACAACAGCAAAUAAGCUUUAAGUAUCCCGCAAAAAUAUAUCAUCUUGGAAAGUAACAGGUUGACAAAUGUCUGU